UGCUUGAUGGUGCGAGAAUGAAUCAGUGGCGUUGUUGUUAACGCCAUAUUGCGAGCAGAGGGAAGGAGACCGAGCCUGGUAACGCACGGCGGCGUCCUGAGCUGGUGCAGCAUCCCGAGCCAUCCGCCUCAGCCCCGCAGCUCAGCGCCCCAGAAGAAGCUGAUACCUCUCCGGCACCGACGAGGGGGGACUGCCGGAGCCCGGGCCAUCCAGGGAGCGGAGCCCAGUGUGAAGCCGAGUGACAUCCUGCCGGCCCGGACAUGGCCUGUGGAGCCACCCUUAAAAGGACUAUCGACUUUGACCCGCUCCUCAGCCCGGCGGCCUCCCCGAAGAGAAGGCGAUGCGCGCCCCUGUCCCCCUCCGCUUCCUCCCCACAGAAAUACCUCCGUAUGGAGCCGUCACCCUUCGGGGAGGUGUCCUCCCGGUUGACCGCAGAACAAAUCCUUUACAACAUAAAGCAGGAGUAUAAGCGCAUGCAGAAGAGAAGACAUCUAGAAAGCAGCUUUCAGCAGACCGAGCCCUGCUCCUCUGAAGGCCAGUCACAUCAGUUUUUGCCUGUGGGUCAAAAUCUACCCGGCACAUCAUCCGCAUCACCACUGAGGAAGGAGCAGCCACUGUUUACUCUGAGGCAGGUUGGAAUGAUAUGUGAACGUCUGCUAAAAGAACGAGAAGAUAAAGUUCGUGAAGAAUAUGAAGAAAUUUUGACCACAAAACUGGCAGAACAAUAUGAUGCUUUUGUGAAGUUCACGCAUGACCAGAUUAUGCGACGAUAUGGAGAGCAGCCUGCUAGCUAUGUCUCAUGAAUCGGUCCUCGCCUCUCCCGGCUGUUCUCCCAUGUUGCUGCAAGAUGUCCUACUUAUGAAUUGCAGCAAGGCCAUAUUUCCCUACCCCGUGAACACAGCUUAUUUCAAGCUUCUGUCAGUGGCAACCACUCUUAUGCAGCAACUGGUUUUCGAGUGCUCCCUGAUGUCAGUGCCACCUGGAUGUGGAUCUAUGCUACCUGUACUAAUAUACCAGUGGCCUCAUUGCUGUAUCAUUGAAAUCUGGCUUCUUUUUGUUAAUGUUUUAAAAUGGAUAAAAGCUGGUGUUCAGGAACAUGCCCUGUACCUGUUGUAGAAAUCAGUCUUCUUGAUAACUUUUAACAGUUCACUACAAACGCAGCGUCCACUGUCAGAACGGUGACGUAAGCAAUGGGACUUUUUUUUUUUUAAAUGACAUUUAUCAGCUCUGACUCUGGAAAAAGUAAAUAGGGCAUGUGCAUUUUAAAGAACUUUUGUGGGGGAAGUAAAACGGAUUUGAUUACUUGUUUUGUAGUUUUUAUUUAUUCUAUCCGUCUUUAACAAAUGUUUAAUGCAUUUUUUUUCUGUCUUUCAUUGUUUAACUGCCUUGUAGUACUGGAAUUUAGUUGGAAAAUAAAAAAUGUACAAAAA